AUGCUCGUUGUGGUUGCACUUCAAGAGGUUUACGUGUCGACUAAACUGGAUCCUGAAAAAACGCCAAGGGAAAAUGCGUUAAAGAUUGUGGUAAAGAAUGUUUGGAUAAAAUUAGGUGGUCAAGAUGUCGAACUUAAGGGAGGAGAUCGGGACGACAUCCGGAAAUUAACAGAGUACGACAAGAAUGGGAACUUCACCGGCAAAGGCCAUUUUGCGUUCGUGUCUCGACUCUCGAGUGACAGCAGAGGUGCUCUCAGUGACAGCUUUCCUGUGGAACGUAGAAGUGUUAUAUAUGGUAUCGAGCAGUUCACGAUUUACUCACGACGUCGAUUGGCGCAUUUUGCUUGUCUCCGAGCUCAACCGGAAUGUCUUUCCAUGUACCAAUGUUGGACGCUCUCCACUCCCUCCCCUUUCCUGAGAACGACGUCGGCGUUUGCAUCGUGUUUGGUUAUAUCCACUCGAGACGGUUCUUCUGAGGCUCGGCAGGCAGGAGCCAUAAGCAAUCCGAUGCUUCCCUCCCCCCUGCACUACGAAAACGCUCCUCAGGACUACUCUUCUGCUGCUUUCAUCCAUUCUGGACCGGUGUCUGCGCCCAACAGCUCGAUCAAUAACUGUAACAGCUCCUCGGUGACAGUUUCAAAUAUCAAGCCAAUCUCAGCGUCGGUUGCUGCACGCCAUGGCUGGCGGUGGAAUAUCCAGUUUUUAUUCCCGAUGAAAGCUCGUUUUCAGGUACACCCCGCCGAUGAUCCGGCUUUGCGAGAUAAUGAUUCUCCGUCUAGUUUGCGUCCACUCCGAUUCGCUUCAACUGAACAGCUCGGAAAAACGGGCCGGCAAAAAAGUGUCAACUGA